AUGGCUCCCCCGUUGGAAGAGGUGGCUGAUAUUGUCGGCAGCGGUGGCGCGGUCAGUGACGACGACGGCAGCGACGUUGACAUCUUUGCCGACCCGCCGGGCUUCUACCCGCCAACACCACCACCGACGACAGAGAAGCACGCGCUCGGCCGCAGCGGCGUGCAGCUGACGCUACAUCUGGUGGGUCACAGCGCGCUAGAGGCGCACCGGCUGUGGAACGGCAGCCGUGUGUUGUCGGACUAUCUGGAAGAGCAACAGGAGCAGCAGGAGUUGCAACAGCAGCAGCAGCUGCAGGAGCAGCAGGAUCCAAAGGAGAACCGGCUCAGAGAGACCCCCAUAAUCCGCGGCCGAACUGUCUUGGAGCUGGGUGCCGGAGCUGCGCUGCCGGGCAUUGUUUGCGGACUGGUACUGGGCGCCCGACGGGUCGUCGUGACCGACUACCCCGACCCAGACCUGGUGGCAACGAUGCGCAAGAACAUUGCCGAGGCUGAAGCCGGGCUGUCAGCACAGCCAGCGACUCAGACAACAGGCCAGACGGCGUAUGCAGGAUCCGGCACCAUUGUGGCCGACGGCUAUGUCUGGGGAGCCGAUCCGACGCCGAUUCUGGCGCAUCUCAACGAUCUUGGCAAUCCUGACGGCAGCAGUACCCGCUACGAUGUAAUGCUUCUGGCUGACCUUCUCUUCCGUCACGCUGAGCACUCCAAGAUGGCCUACAGCGUGGCCCAGAUGCUGGCCCAGAAGCCCGACAGUCGCGCCUACGUCUUCUUCACCAGCUACCGGCCAUGGCUGCGCCACAAGGACCUGGCCUUUUUCGCCGACGCCUGUGCUGCCGGCCUCGUCGUCGAGCACCUGCUGGAGCGCCGUCUCGAGCGGCCGCCACUCUUUUUCAAGGACGACCCCGGCGACGUCGACGUCCGCUCCACCGUGUCCGGCUAUUCACUGCGCUGGCCCCAGCCGGGCGAGGAUCCGGCCGCCUUCUGGCCGCCUGCAGGAGGGGCUGAUGGUGCAGCCGAGACACAGACAGACCGGCCAGCACAAGACAGAAGCGCAUAG